UUGACUUGACUGGAAGUGAAGAAUAAACAGUUGACAUUGGUCAUUCAUGUAUUGUUUCUAAUAUUUUCUUAUCGUAUUAUUUGCUCCCUUGUUAAAUUUAAUUAUUAGUACUCGAGACGAAGUUUUAGUUUUAAAUUAAUCGGUGAACUGACCCGGAAGGCCCGAUUCGAUAACUAUUCGAGUGUGGUUAUUAUUUGAAAAACUGUGUUUUGUCUCUUAUCUUUCAAUUUCUCCAACCUGAGUCUUGGUUGAAUGCUCACUAAAGUUGACAGUAAGAACCCUAUAUGGUAGUAUCAAGGAUUUCAAGCAGGUGUUUCGUCCCAGGCUUCAAAUAGCAUUUGUGAAUAUUGUGUUUUUUCUAGUAAUAUGUAAUAACGAGUGAAAUGUACGCUUCCUUAAUUUUUGAGAUUACUGAAAAAGUUUAGGAUAUGGCAUCUACCAAUAAGAGAUCAUGGAAACUCCAGGAUUUUACCGCCCACGACUCGAACGUGAACUGCGUCUCUUUGGGACACAAGUCGGGCAGGGUCUUGGUGACUGGAGGCGACGACAAGAAGGUGAACCUAUGGGCAGUGGGCAAGAGUACCUGUUUCAUGAGCCUGAGCGGCCACACUACCCCGGUCGAAUGCGUCCAAUUCAACCAUCUCGAAGAACAAGUUUGCGCCGGUUCCACGGCCGGCACCCUUAAAGUGUGGGAUCUGGAGGCCGCCAAGCUCCUAAGGACCAUGACGGGGCACAAGUACGCCAUCAAGACCAUAGAUUUUCACCCGUACAGCGACUAUCUCGCCUCCGGCAGCGCCGACAGCACCAUAAAGAUGUGGGACAGCAGAAAAAAAGGCUGCAUCCUGACCUACGACGAGCACAAGGCUACGGUGAACAGCCUGAAAUUCAGCCCGGACGGCAACUGGAUAGCGUCAGGAGGCGAUGACGCCUCCGUCAAGAUAUGGGACCUGCGAGUCGGCAGGGUGAUCAAGGAGUUCGACGAGCACGCCGCUCCCGUCACCUGCGUCCAGUACCAUCCCAACGAGUUCCUGCUCGCGAGCGGCGGCAAGGACAGGUCGGUGCAGAUCUACGACCUCGAGAACUUCACGGUGGUGUCGAGCGAGUCUGACGCGGGUUCCGUGAGGUGCCUGUGCUUCCAUCCGGACGGCGAGUGCCUUUUCGCCGGUCAAUCUGACUAUAUGAAGGUUCUGGGAUGGGAACCCACGCGAGUGCACGACACGUUGUUCGUCGAUUGGGGCAGGGUGAGCGAUCUCUCGUCCGCGCAGAAUCAGCUGAUAGGGGCGUCUUUCCACCUGACCAACGUUCAGAUCUACGUGGUCGACCUGAAGAAGGUGAAACCUCUGGCCAAGACCACAGAGGCGGUGACCAGUCCGUUCACGCCGAACACGAGCGGCAGGAGGAGUUUUUCGAAAGCCGAAAGACCGGUGGCUCUGAAGACCAAGUCGUUAUCGAAGACGAUAGAGGAGAGCACGUCGGGGACCGACCCAGAGGAAGACACGUCCGCCAACAUCACGAAUCUGAGCGAUUACGAGGAGAUUUUCAAGGGUAGAUCGCUUGUUCGGACUCCGCCGCCUGUACAUUCGCCCCCGGAACAUGAUUAUUCAGAUCCGACCCAGCCCCAAAAAUUAGUGAUGAUGGAUAGUUUCGAGGCCUUAUCCCUGGACAACUCCAUCAACAACUACCGCAACACCCACAUACCCACGCAGUAUUCCCGAUCGAAAUCGAACCUCGAACAGAUCUACGACAAUAACAAAGCGGCCAAAGGGCAAGAGGAGCGCGAGAACUUCCUGCCCAACAUAAACAAGACGAAUCUACACGUGCCGAAAAAGAAGAUUACGGGUAUCAACAGACAGUCGAGCUGUCAGGACGAGAGAGUGGCGCCGAAGAAUAACUUCAACAUCAGGCAGAGCCUGUCCGACGCCAACAUCACCAAGAACAACAAUCAGAAGACCGUCAAGGUUCCGGAUGGGUUCGCCACAAGGAACAACAACCAGAUCCCUCCGAGGAAUCUGUCUCGUAAGGGCUCCUUCUCGAGGACCAGGGAGGCCGUACCGGCCAUCAAGAUCGGGCGAUCGGUACCCGCGGAAAGCGAGAACAUCUCUAUGCUGAGUAGUAGGACGUCCGAUAUUUACAUCCCGUCGAAAUUAUUGCCCGACGAACCCGUAAGGCAGACUGAAUACAUCCCGGGAGCCCUGGAUAAACCUGUCGGGUUGAAUAUAGACGAUUUUCUUCCAAAAAAUCAUCCGAGGCUGGGUUUCCCUAAUCAAAUGACAGAUAUAUCUGAAGCGGAACUUUUAAAAGAUAUAAUGAGUGGACACGAACCUAUGAUAUCUGUGAUAGCCAGUAGACAAAGAAGUCUUAAUUUAGUAGCGAACGAAUUUAAGAAUAAAGACAUCAAAGCGGCGUUAGAAAUGGCCGUCGCCAUGGGUGAUUUACACGUCUUAGUGGAUAUUUUAGGAGUUUUCAAUGAUAGAUACUCAAUAUGGAGUUUAGAUUUAUGCGUAUGCAUUCUACCGAAGGUCGAAGAGCUCCUGUUGAGCAAGUACGAACCAUACAUCCUGACCGGCCUCAACACGCUCAAGCUGAUCCUGAGGCAUUUCGGCCCCGUGAUCAAGAGCAACGUCCAAUCGCCGGCCGGCAGUUUCGGCGUGGACAUACCGCGCGAGGAACGUUACCGGAAAUCGAUCAAGUGCCACGAGGUCCUGCUCAGCCUCCGAUCGCUGAUCGCGAAGAAACAGAGCGCGCCCGGAAACGUGGGGGCCGCCUUCAAAGAGGUCAACUCGCUGAUGCAGAUCAUGUUCGAUUGACGCGCGCCGAACGCGGGAGGAGGCGCGAAAACGAACGGUGGUGCGAUCAUCUGACGAAAAAGGAGGACCCUCGGUAGCAUAUCGAACUUUCUGAUCAAGAUAUAGGACCGGCGGCCACGAAUUUCGAGUGUGCGUAUGUUGUGAUAACGCUAGAUAUUUUUUUUUUUGGUGUCGUCGAUGAAACUGGCGCGGAAUGGAAAAAUAUCGAGUGAUUGUGAAAAAAACGAGACAAAAUUAACCUUUUAUACCAAUUAUUGAAUACUCGUGUAUAAUGCAGGGUGAUUCACAGGCUAUCAGACGUUUAUGGAAAACUAAUCACAAUUUUGUGUUGAAAAUGUGCACAUUGGUGUUUUCGGCAAUAAACCUCCUUCCUAGAGUAUUUCCAGACUUCUGCGAAGAUAUACCGGAUGUGAGAAGAUUCAUUGACGAAAACCCCAACAAAUUUUCAGCACAAAAUGGGGCAUCGCCCUGAAUCAUCCUGUAUAUCGGUAAAAAGAAAUACUGAUUGAACUCGAUACGACAAACAGCUCAACCAAAAGAUUGUCCGAUCAAUGUUUUGCGACAAAUACUGUCAUGGAGAAAAAAGCAAAAAUAUUCACGACAUUUCGACAAAUUUUCAUCUGGAAGUUGCUGGCCCCCCGAAAACGAUGAAAAUCCAUCUGAGUAUCGAUUUAAAUUCGAUCGGAACCCACAAAAAGUGUAUUUAUACCGAGUCCUCUCCACCGUUUUUCAUUAUGACGAAUGAUGUUGAUGCAGAGACUAUUUGACACUAACUAAUAUUAAUUAUUUUUAUAUGUAUCGAUCCAGUAUGUCGCUAAGAGGAGAGGCUCUUUCUGUCCGAGGAAACGAGUAUUAUGUCUGAUAAAUUUCUUUCCCGAUUUCAGAUUGAUGUUGAAUAACAAGGCUGUGCAUAUUUUACUGCUGAACUAUUUUAAAACAUGCUGUUCCGUUUGAAAACAGGGUUUGGGAGAAUGAGCGAAUACUUUCUUCGAAGUUCCUUCACAUCGGACUGCUUAAAGGUAACCCGAAACACUUGUCGCGAUUUUUUUUAUUCCUAUUAGUGAAGAGUAUUUCCUUCGGAUCAAUCCACAACUUCAACUUCCAAUUCCGGAACUAUAAAAAAAUAAUGCCGUUUCGAAGGGAUACAAUGAUGAAAAUUUUUAUUUAUUUGUUUCCAUUACGCAUGGAAGGUGGAGUGUUGUUGAAUUCACUAGCUCGAGACUGAUUUAUGAUGGAAGGAAAUUAUUUUGUACGAAUUGACAAACCCGAAUUUCCGAGGAAUACUUCUCGAGUAUUCCAAGCAUAUCAAAGGAAAAAUUGUAACUUUGGGAAGAACAUUUAACAGGAUCUUCUGAAGAUAUCUCUGAAUAUGUAAAUAUGUAUAGACUUAUCAUUUCAAUUUUUUUAUUUCUAGAUCAGUAAAGUUCCAAAUCCGUCCCUAAUUCAUAAGAUCGAGAAUUACAAAGUAGUUUAAAGUGUUAUAACAGUCCCUAGUCUGUACGACAAAAAUUACACUCCUUUUCUUCCCAUGUUCAGAAAACUAGAAAUAAUUGAUUCAACUAUAUUUUGAACAAUUGAGUUAUGUCCUGAAACGAACUUCGCAUCCAGUCUGAGUGGAAGAUAGUGUGAUGGAAUGUUAACUGAAGAUUUCGUUACUCAACAUUUUUUCAAAACUACAACGUUAUUAUUCCUCUUUCUGUAAUAAGAAAAUUCGCAGUUAACGUUCACAAUUUGGGCUGAAUAGAUUUAACGAAAACUAUUUUUCUUUAAAUACUAAUCAGAAAAUGUGAAGCUACUGUAAAUCUACUAUUGUUGAAAUUUAUUGAACCUCUAUACUUUUCAAUAUAAAAUAUGUUUAUGCCAAUUUCAAUGAAUAUUUUUAAGAUUGAUGUCCAUUUCUUGACAAAAAUAUCUCUUAUUUAAUGUUGUGUUCAUACAAAAAAAUAUCGAGAGAGUGGUUUUUACUAACGAAAUGUUCACAUGACCAAGAAGUUAUUAAAAAUCUACCAGUGCCAUAUCAGGAUAUUCAUUGAGAAAAUCGAAUUAUAAAGAUAAAACCGGGACUCCACAAUUUAUGUAAUAUAUUGGAAAUACUAACAAUACUUCCAAUAUUUUUAGAAUUCUUUUUUUGUAUUUUUUUUUAUUGAGGAAGGGCUUUGGAAGUACAUAAUGUCAACAUAAUAUGAUUUCUUGCCUUAAUUUAUUUCAAUGUUGUGCCAUUCUUUUCAUCAUCAUCAUCAAAAGUUUCACUUCUCAACAUUGAUCAGCAGAUAACUAUUUAUUGAAUUUUUAUCGUGUAUUAAAUUUGUAAUAUACUAGUAUUGUAAUAAUAUUUAUAAUAAAAGAACCAAUAACAAAAAAAAUGGUAA